GAGUCCAAACUAUACUCAUUCCAUCUCCCUCCGCCGCCUGCCCAAGCAUGCUGCGCUCUUCGCUUCACCGAGUUGCCGGCUUUCGGGCAUGGCGGUGUCCCGCCACCGCCCUUCGGGUCCUUCGCCUAUCCACCGCUGCGGAAGCGUCGUCGAUCCACGGAACCCAUCCCCCGAGGGUUCGGAAUCUCAUCGGGGGAGAGUUCGUUGAGUCACAGUCGGAGGAUUGGAUCGAUGUUAUAAACCCUGCAACACAAGAGGUGGUCUCGAGGGUUCCUUUAACUACUAAUGAAGAGUUCAAAGCAGCAGUAGGUGCCGCAAAAAGUGCAUUUCCACAAUGGAGAAAUGUACCUUUGACAACACGGCAGCGGAUUAUGUUCAAACUUCAAGAGCUUAUCCGAAGGGACAUGGAUAAGCUUGCCUUGAAUAUUACAACUGAACAGGGGAAGACACUGAAGGAUGCUCAGGGUGAUGUUUUUCGUGGUUUAGAGGUGGUCGAGCAUGCUUGUGGAAUGGCAACAUUACAGAUGGGUGAAUAUGCAUCCAAUGUUUCAAAUGGUAUCGACACAUAUAGUAUUAGAGAACCUCUUGGUGUGUGUGCUGGGAUAUGCCCAUUCAACUUUCCUGCAAUGAUUCCCCUAUGGAUGUUCCCAGUGGCAGUUACUUGCGGAAAUACUUAUGUUUUAAAGCCAUCAGAGAAAGAUCCAGGAGCUUCAAUGAUGCUUGCGGAACUAGCAAAGGAGGCUGGGUUGCCAGAUGGAGUCUUAAAUAUUGUUCACGGCACCAAUAAUAUUGUUAACAAUAUUUGUGAUGAUGAGGACAUAAAGGCCAUAUCAUUUGUUGGUUCAAACACAGCUGGAAUGCACAUUUAUGCUAGAGCAGCAGCUAAAGGGAAACGUGUCCAGUCAAACAUGGGUGCAAAGAACCAUGCUAUUAUCAUGCCUGAUGCAAGUCCAGAUGCUACUUUAAAUGCCUUAGUUGCUGCGGGAUUUGGUGCUGCUGGUCAAAGGUGUAUGGCACUGAGCACUGCUGUGUUUGUUGGAGGCUCAAAAUCAUGGGAGGAUGAACUAAUUAAACGUGCCAAAAUGCUAAAGGUAAAUGCAGGAACAGAGCCAGGGACAGACCUUGGUCCAGUGAUUAGCAGACAGGCGAAGGAUCGGAUUUGCAAAUUAAUCCAAAGUGGUGUAGAAAGUGGUGCUAGGGUUGUACUUGAUGGCAGAGACAUUGUGGUUCGUGGUCUUGAAAAUGGCAACUUCGUUGGUCCUACUAUUUUAGCUGAUACUACAAGUGACAUGGAAUGUUACAAGGAGGAGAUAUUUGGUCCAGUUUUGCUCUUGAUGAAGGCUGACAGCCUUGACGAGGCUAUCCAUAUUGUCAAUAGUAACAAAUAUGGUAAUGGGGCAUCCAUAUUUACAACAUCAGGUGUUGCUGCAAGAAAAUUUCAGACUGAGAUUGAGGCUGGACAGGUUGGUAUCAAUGUGCCAAUUCCUGUACCUCUGCCGUUCUUCUCAUUCACCGGCUCCAAGGCCUCUUUUGCUGGGGAUCUCAACUUCUAUGGCAAGGCAGGUGUACAGUUUUACACACAGCUCAAGACGGUGACUCAACAGUGGAAGGAUGCGCCUGGCCAGGGGAUCUCACUAGCAAUGCCUACGUCGCAUAAAUCGUGAUCGCGUUGUUCCUGCUCUGCUCUGCACCGUGCCUCUCCUGCGGAUCUCAUGCUUAUGCUUGGUUUGCAGGAUAUCAAAUGAUAAAUAAGAGUAAUGUUAUUUGGUAGGAAAACAUUGUACAAUAUUGGUGGAAUUUGCUUCUCUUUCAUUUUCACAUUAGCAUGCUUUCUUA